CGGACCUCCGUCGUCCUACUACUCGCUCUGGGCCUCUGGCCACCCCUCGACUGCCUGCGGCCUGCCUGCGCUCAAUUCAAUUCGACUGCGGCGAACAAAACAAACGCAGGGAGAAGGUGCCCCGCGGCCGCACGCCAGGCCAUCCCAAGCGAGGCGUGGCGACGCGGAGCUGAGGGGCGCUACUGCGGGGCCGUCCUUGGCGAGAGGAGGGGAGGGGCCCCCGAGGGAUCGGUUUUCGGCGGGGGAGCCAGCGGCCGCGGGCGAAUGGCUGGCGGCGAGGUAGCGGUCGUGGAGGAAACGGCGGUGGGGGCGCCGACUGCGACGGCGACGCCGCCUGACUUGGCGGCGCAUGCCGCGGCCGGUGGCGGGGAGGAGGCGAUGCGGAUGGAGGGCUGGCUGUACCUGAUCCGAUCCAACCGAUUUGGGAUGCAGUACUCGCGCAAGCGCUACUUCGUGCUCGAGGACGCCGCGCUCCGCUGCUUCAAGUCCACGCCAUCCUCCAAGCGCGAGGAUCCUGUCAGAAGUGCAAUAAUUGACUCUUGUAUUCGUGUGACAGACAAUGGCAGAGAAAGUGUACAUAGGAGUGACUUUUACAUAUUCACACUAUAUAAUUCUUCCAAUCAUUAUGAUCAACUUAAGUUGGGUGCGAGAAGUUCAGAAGAAGCAGCUAGGUGGAUCAGGUGCUUAAUGGAGUCUGCCUUAAAGCAGUCACCUAGAAAAGAUGAGCACAUUGUUGCUUGUUCACACAGAAGAUGGCAGGCUUUCAGGUUGAGCCGCCGCAAUAGCCGUAUGCACUCAAUAGAUUGGACUUUAUUUUCAUCUGCUCAUAACGAUCCAAUGGCAUCUGAUGUCAUUGCACCUUCUCCAUGGACAAUAUUUGGCUGUACAAACGGGUUACGUUUGUUUACCGAGGCAAACGAUGGUGGCUCUCAUGGGAAGUAUUGGGAUGAUCAUCCGGCUAUAAUGGCAGUUGGUGUGGUUGAUGCGAAUUCCGAGGCUGUCUUUCAGACUCUAAUGUCCCUUGGCCAAUCAAGAUCUGAAUGGGACUUCUGUUUGCGGGAAGGAAAGGUAAUCGAGCAUCUUGAUGGGCAUACAGACAUAAUCCAAAAGAAAUUAAGAAGCGACUGGUUACCAUGGGGAAUGAGAAAGAGAGAUCUAUUACUUAGACGAUAUUGGAGGCGAGAAGAUGAUGGAACUUAUGUAAUUCUAUACCACUCUGUUUUCCACUACAAAUGUCGUCCCGAGAAAGGCUACAUCCGUGCAUGUCUUAAAAGUGGAGGUUAUGUAAUAUCACCAGUCAAUCAAGGAAGACAAUCAGUUGUAAAGCACAUGCUUGCCAUAGAUUGGAAAUUCUGGAAGUCUUAUCUGUUUACAUCAUCUGCCAAAUAUAUCACUAUACGAAUGUUAGGCAGAGUAGCAGCACUACGAGAAUUCUUCCGAGCGAAAAAUGGUAAUUGUUCUUGCAUGGAGUUCUCAUCUGGAGAGUUGACCAGGGACACGGGAUUACCUCAAGGUGAAAAUCAGCGAAUAAAUUUGGAAAUGCAGCAAGAAAAUGAGAACGGAAGACUUGAAGGUCCUACUGAAGGAUCACUGGGUGGUUCUAACAGGCACUUAAGCAGUACUGGUUCCUUUGUUCAACUCAAUGAUGCAGCAGAUGAGUUCUUUGACGUGCCAGACGAAUCAGAAUAUGAUCAGAGAGAAGUUAUGUUUCCUUCUGAUGAGAGCUUGCAUGCUGCGGACCAGCGUCACGCUAAACUGUCCACUGCUGCUGUUUUUGUAAAAAGGUUGCAUGAUCUUGCAGUUCAGAAAAGAGGAUACAUUGACUUACAGGGAGCUGCAGAUGCUGAUAAUGGGCCAUGUUGCUAUGGAUAUACUCUUCCCAAAGAUUCGAGCUAUACAGUGCCUUCUACUUGGGCAAUGACAGAUCCUACAACAUUCUUAAUCCGGGGAGAGACUUAUUUGCACGAUCGUAUAAAGAUCAAGGCAAAUAGUACCCUGAUGCAAAUGGUAGGUGCUGACUGGAUAAAAUCUGAUAAGCGUGAGGAUGAUCUAGCUGGUCGCCCUGGGGGGCUAGUCCAGAAAUGUGCAGCACAAGGGGGCACCCGAUUCUUCUUCAUUGUAAACAUUCAGGUUCCUGGUUCAACCACAUACAGCUUAGCUUUGUAUUAUAUGAUGGAUACACCAUUAGAAAAGGUCCCUCUGCUUGAAAGAUUUGUAAAUGGAGAUGAUGCAUUCAGAAAUUCAAGGUUCAAGCUCAUUCCUUACAUCUCAAAGGGAUCUUGGAUUGUUAAACAGAGUGUGGGCAAGAAAGCUUGCUUGGUUGGACAAGCAUUAGAAAUCAAUUAUUUUCGUGGAAGAAACUAUUUGGAGCUUGGAGUUGAUAUUGGUUCAUCAACGGUGGCACGAGGUGUGGUGAGCCUAGUGCUUGGCUACUUGAACAAUCUUGUGAUCGAAAUGGCCUUCUUGGUACAGGGAAACACAAAUGAAGAACUCCCGGAAUUCCUCCUAGGUACCUGCCGACUGAAUUACCUGGAUGCCUCCAAGGCAGUGUCCAUAGACGAGUGCUAGGACCCCAACUGACCUCAUUUUUUAAAGCCAAGUACACCAAAAGACAAAAAAAAAAGGCUGAAUCCCCAUUCCUUGCUGCCGACACAAUCGGCAACCCUAGCCCAGAUGCCCAUUUUAUUGCCUCACCGCAAAAGUGGGGGAUCCAUUGCAACCGUUGUACAUUCUCUUCUUGCCGACUGCUCAGGUAUUGUGUUGUAAUGAUGAUAGCAAUCCAUGAUAAAAGCCCCCUCAUUCUUUGGCAUCUUAUCA